UUCACCCAUUCUUGAAAUGUCCUCCAUUCAUCAUGAAAAAGAAGGAGAAGAACUACUAGAAACUAUGAAAGGUGAUUCACCAAAACCAAUUGAGGAAACGUUUAUCUCAGCAGGAAUCCGUAGAAAUUGGUCUCUUCUCCCCCAUACGGUACCACAUUUCGUCAAUCGCGAAAAAGAAUGCCAAAAAAUCAAAGAUUACCUUUCUCCACUGCACAAUUGCAGAUGCCUUCUCAUACACGGUGCCACAGGCAUGGGGAAGACAACCGUGGCGAUGAAAGUGGCAAACGAAAUACUGAAUUCUGACGGACUUACGAUGGUUAUCUACGUUAACUGUGGAGACAUAAAACUAUACCAUGAUUUUGCGUCGAAAGUUCUUCAGGAAGUAUAUCACUAUCCUGUCGAAGAUCCAGUAGCUGAGCUGAAAAAUCGUUUGAAAAGCCAAGAUUUCUCCACGAUUUUGUUCCUGGAUAGUUUUGAGUUUCUGCUUCAUUUGGAUGACAGAAUGCAGCCCUCUGGAAAUGAACUGUCACUCCAACGGAUGAACCCAUCUGAGGAAGGAUCGAAGAUAAAGAAUCUAAUCAAUGAAAUUUUAAAGGUUGCAGGAAAAGUCAAGCUUCUCCUCACCUCUUCAGAGAAAGUUUCUUUUCCGGAAGCAGGUCAAGAAAUGCUUAGUCUGUCGUCCUUUAAGCCGGAAGAAUCCGUUGAGCUUUUGAAAAAAGUGUGGAAAGUUGAGCAAGUCAACACAACUCAAGCGCAUGAGUUGUCACAGAUUUGCAGCGGUAUACCCUUGGUCCUUUUGACCCUGGCCUCUUCCCAUAGUGACCUGCAAAGUCUCUUGGAACAGGUGUGUUCUACACCUCGACGAAAAUUCGAACUCUUGAGAAAGAUUCAAACGGUACCAGCGGAUAAAAAGAUCGCCGGUUGCAUCGAUCACUGCUUUGGGAGGCUUAAUCAGAAAGAAAAGUGUGCCCUUAUCAGCUUUGCACUAUUCCGCAGGCCUUUUACUCUACAAGAAGCAGCGAAAAUUUUUCGAUCAACGAAGACGAGUGUGUCUGAGCUCAGACAAUGUGGACUAGAACUGUCCCGGCUAUCACUGCUAGAAGAACGCGGCAUCAUUGGGGAGGACUACUUCUAUACCCUCAUUCGAGUAGUUCGUGAUUAUUGUGAAACUAGGGCAAUGGAACUUAAGUUUCGUGAAGUGAUCCUUGAUGCUCGGAGGAUGUUCAUCAGCCAUUUUUUAACCUUUCUGGGAGACACCUUCAAAAAGUUCUUGAGCCAGAACGUGUCAGAAGCGAUUGCUGCCUUUCAGAUGGAUGAAGGGAAUGUCUUGCAGCUCGUCGAAUGGUGUAACAAUGGUCAAAUGGAUGAAGAACAAACAGAAAGAUGCAUUGAUGUCUUCAACAAUGUGGCAGAGCUUCUGGCAAAUAUGAUGGGAAAGGAUAAAUUUAAAUAUACUUUUGAAUCUUUACAAAGAAGAUGCGAACAGAGGGCAGAUCAGAAAAGACUGAGCGAUUGCCUCACAUCCUUGGGGAUCGAAGAAGUAUUCAGAGGUUCCCGUCAUCCAACUAGUCUGCGCGCUGUAGCCGCUCAAAUAGCCAAAGCAUAUUUGACGAAAGCUGACCAAAUCCAGCGUAAUCUUGGAAUUAACACCGGUAACAGCCGAGCUCAGUGUCUUUCCAAACUUGCUCAAUGUCUCGCCAUAGAAUACAACUUCGAUGAGGCGAAAAAAAAAGUCCGACAGGCGAUCAAAAUUCGAUUGGAUCAAGGAGAGGAUGACAAAGUCAUGCUUGGUGCAACGUACAAUGAUAAGGCAGUAAUCCUUUCACUGGAAGGAGAUCAUCAGCUGGCAAUAGAGGUCCGAAAGCAGACCCUGGAAAUUUACAUGGAAAAACUGGGGGAGCAUCCGUUCACUGCAACCAUCCUCAACAGUCUGUCAAGCAAUUAUUGCGCCUUGGGCAAAUACAACGACGCUGAACGAUGUUCGAAAGAAGCGUUGGAAAUCCGGCAAAAGCAACUGAAAAACCAUCGUGACACCGCCAAGUCGCUUUUUGACCUUGGAAUGAUUCAUAAAAUGAAGGAAGAAUUUGAGCGAGCCAGGAUUUACCUUGAAAAGUGCGAGGACAUGCAAAAGAAAAUAUUGGAUGAGAACGACGACGAUCUUACAAGUACCAGAAAGGAAUUGGAAGAUGUGAAGAAGCGACUAGCGGAAGCCGAGGGUCAGAGUAACGGGUCGUCAUAAAUUGUGUCCCACAUAGAGGACUCUUAAAGUCUCUUAAAUCCUGUACUAUACUCUGACAUAUGUCCAGUUUUUUUUGUGUUCAAGUGGAAUAGGGCAGAACUCCUUUGAUGAAUCAGUCGCUUAUGAGUGGGGUCUCCUCUUUAGCAAUCGUCUUAGUAAAAACGUAGUGUAAUUACAUUUUUUCUUUGUGACUAAUAUCUUUGAGUCUGUUAUGCCGGGUUAUGCCCGUGAUCAGUUACAUAGCGUGCAGUCAUUAACUGCAUCAGAACUGACUUCAAGAACUGAAAAUCUGAAUGAUGGU